AACCCAUGAAAGCAGCCCCCGCAAGAACGAAAGGUCAGUAUUCUGAACACACAGUGAAUCAUUUUUAAUUCAUCUUCAAUCAAUCCUUCAUCAAUCGAUCAAUCAAGAUGCGUGAGAUUGUUCACUUGCAAGCUGGCCAGUGUGGAAACCAAAUUGGAGCUAAAUUUUGGGAAGUCAUCUCUGACGAACAUGGCAUCGACCCAACUGGCUCCUACCAUGGAGACUCAGACCUCCAGCUAGAGAGAAUCAACGUAUACUACAAUGAAGCCUCUGGUGGCAAAUAUGUUCCCAGGGCUGUUUUGGUUGACUUGGAGCCAGGAACUAUGGACUCAGUUCGUUCUGGACCCUUUGGACAGAUUUUCAGACCUGAUAACUUCGUGUUUGGUCAAAGUGGAGCUGGUAACAACUGGGCCAAGGGUCACUACACUGAGGGAGCCGAACUAGUGGACUCCGUUCUUGAUGUAGUACGAAAGGAGGCCGAGAGCUGUGACUGUCUACAAGGUUUCCAGCUCACACACUCACUUGGUGGUGGGACUGGGUCUGGCAUGGGUACCCUUCUCAUCUCGAAAAUUCGUGAGGAGUACCCCGAUAGAAUCAUGAACACUUUCAGCGUUGUACCUUCCCCUAAGGUGUCUGACACCGUAGUCGAGCCAUACAAUGCCACUCUCUCUGUACAUCAGCUUGUAGAAAACACCGACGAGACCUACUGCAUCGACAACGAAGCCCUUUAUGACAUCUGCUUCCGCACACUGAAGCUCACCACACCAACCUAUGGCGACCUCAACCAUCUUGUGUCUGCUACCAUGAGUGGUGUCACUACCUGCCUUAGAUUUCCUGGUCAACUGAACGCUGAUCUCCGUAAACUUGCUGUCAACAUGGUUCCCUUCCCCCGUCUUCACUUCUUCAUGCCCGGCUUUGCUCCCCUCACCAGCCGUGGAUCCCAACAAUAUCGUGCCCUCACUGUUCCCGAGCUCACUCAGCAAAUGUUUGAUGCCAAGAACAUGAUGGCUGCUUGUGAUCCUCGUCAUGGUCGCUACCUCACCGUUGCUGCCAUGUUCCGUGGUCGUAUGUCAAUGAAGGAGGUUGAUGAGCAGAUGCUGAACGUGCAGAACAAGAACAGCUCCUACUUUGUUGAGUGGAUUCCUAACAACGUGAAAACUGCGGUCUGUGACAUCCCUCCCCGUGGUCUCAAGAUGUCAGGAACCUUUGUUGGCAAUAGCACUGCUAUCCAAGAGCUUUUCAAACGUAUCAGCGAGCAGUUCACAGCUAUGUUCAGGCGUAAGGCUUUCUUGCAUUGGUAUACUGGAGAGGGCAUGGACGAGAUGGAGUUCACUGAGGCUGAGUCCAACAUGAACGACCUUGUGUCUGAGUACCAGCAGUACCAAGAUGCCACAGCUGAGGAUGAGGGAGAAUUUGAUGAAGAAGAAGAGGGUGAUGAAGAGGCUGCCUAAUUCUGAACUGUAUUAUGGAAACUUUGAACAUUAAAAAUCAUUUCUCUGAAUCAUUUUUGUUGAUCAGUGUUCUAAAUCAAAAUAAUUUAUUUCAUAGG